GCGGCGAUGGUGCCCGAUGCCGCCCACCCUUUUCCUACGGUGGAUGUGCCUGACCACGCCCACUACACCAUUGGCUCCGUCAUCCUGGCCAUUGGCAUCACUGGCAUGGUCGGCAACUUCCUGGUCAUCUACGCAUUCAGCAGGAGUCGUAGCCUGCGAACACCAGCCAACAUGUUCAUCAUUAACCUGGCGAUCACUGACCUGCUGAUGUGUGUGACCCAGACGCCCAUCUUCUUCACCACUAGUAUGCACAAGAGGUGGAUCUUUGGAGAGAAAGCGUGUGAACUGUAUGCAUUCUGUGGAGCUCUCUUUGGGAUCUGCUCCAUGAUCACGCUCACAAUCAUCGCCGUCGACCGCUACUUUGUCAUCACGCGCCCUCUGACCUCCAUUGGUAUGUUGUCACGGAAACGGGCUGUUCUCAUCCUCAUGGCGGCCUGGGUCUACUCUCUGGGCUGGAGUCUGCCACCGUUCUUCGGAUGGAGUGCGUACGUCCCUGAGGGUCUGCUGACGUCCUGUACAUGGGACUACAUGACCUUCACGCCAUCGGUGCGAGCCUACACCAUGCUGCUCUUCAUCUUCGUCUUCUUCCUGCCGCUCUUCAUCAUCAUCUACUGCUACGUCUUCAUCUUCAGAGCCAUCCGCACCACCAACCAGGCCGUGGGGAAGAUCAACGGCAGCGCUCAUGGAUAUGGCACCAGCCGGGACUCGGUGAAAAGCUUCCACCGGCUCCAGAAUGAGUGGAAGAUGGCCAAGAUCGCUCUGAUUGUCAUCCUGCUCUACGUCAUCUCCUGGUCACCGUAUUCCGCCGUCGCCCUCACCGCUUUCGCCGGAUACGCCGACAUGUUAACUCCCUACAUGAACUCUGUGCCCGCCAUCAUCGCAAAGGCUUCAGCCAUCCACAACCCCAUCAUCUACGCCAUCACACACCCCAAGUACAGGUAA